AUGACGGAUGCGUUGACGCUGACGGUGACGGUGACGGUGACGGACUAUUGCGAUAUUGAUGUUCGCGAGUGGUAUUAUCCGUCCUCAAUAUGUGCCAAGUGUCGGAUUUAUUGCAGCCCUGUAAAUGGAAAUAGCAGAAAAGUGGUCCUACAUAAAUACAAGUUUAACUAUUCUAAGAGUACAAGAACAAAUUCAAAGUGCACUUGUGAAGUUUGUGAGGCUGCCCAGCUAAAGUAUGGUAAAAAUCUACCGGGAACAGUUCCUAGAAAGGAAAACCAACGUAAAUCAAAACCGAGCAAUUUAAGCACUACUAAAGUCAUACGCGAGGUCAUACGCAUGUGUAAUACUUGUCUAACGGAAAUCGGACGAGGGAACAAUCACGUUUGUACUGUCACUGAGCGUUCAGAAAAUUUAGCAAGAAUUCUGAAAGAAAAUUAUUCUUCACCAAAGGCAUCAGAAGCAGCUGUGUCAAAGUUUCUAGCCGAAAAAGUCUCAACUUCUGGUUCUGAAAACAUUCGCUUAUCAAAUCGUCGAGGAAAACCAUCCGUAUUUCUAAAAGCUAAUUCUAAUGUUUCUUUGAAAGAACGGAAACGCAUGCGGACGGAAGAUAUGUUCAAAGUGAAGACGGAGAAUAACUUGAGCAUGCGGAAGACUCUUGGCAUCAUGAAAGGUUUAAAACGAGGUGGAGUGAGCUUUGAAACUGGCUUAAAAGGAAAGCUUUCCAAACUGAACUCACAGCUUGGAGAUUUAUUUAGUAUUGUAGAGCUAGGAGAAGUAGCCAAAGCUGAAAACGUCCAUCUUGGUCAAUACGCUGAUGUUCCAGUUAUAUUUUGUAAUAAUAUACCUGAGUUACUUCAACGAAUCAAGAAAAGUAGACACGCCAGUGAGGAAGAACUUUUCAUAAAGCUUGGUAUCGACGGUGGAGGAGGAUUUUUUAAGAUCACUCUCUCUCUCUCUGUUGUAUCCAAAACCCAAAAUAAUUCCGCAGAUUAUUUUAAAGACAGCGGCGUGAAACGCCUUCAUAUUUUGGCAUUGGCUCCAAAUCUUGCCGAAAAAUAUGAAUAUAUUUUUCUAAUCUGGAAUGGUCUUUUGAAGCUCUUGGAAUCGAUUAUUGCCGGUGAUUUGAAGAUCAUUAACGUGAUUAUUGGAAUAAUGGCGCAUUCAUCUACACACCCCUGUCCAUAUUGUGUAACAGAAAAAUCAAACCUUGCAUUGCUAAGUGGAGUCCUGAAACACUUUCAAAAUGCGUACAAGAAAUGCUUCUCAUUCGAACUUGUACCCGGAUUUGAAGAAGAUAUUAAUAAGUUUGUCGAAUACUGGGAAAUGUUGCAUCUACCAAAAUCGUCCAAAUACCAUAUAACCAAGUUUCACGUGAAAGAAUUUUGUAACGCAACUGGACAAGGUUUGGGUUGGCACAACGAGCAGGCGUCCGAAUCGGUUCACAGCGACUUUUUAUUGACUUGGGAAAGAUACAAGACCACGAAAACAUCAAAGAUAUACAAAUCUCAACUUCUGCGUGCUGUCGUUGACUACAAUAGUGGUCAUUUGUGUUAAACCAC